AGCAAAUUCAGAUUUCUCUACUUUACUUGCAGGGAUCAGCUGCUGGAUUCUGCUCUUCUCUCUGAAAGUAGGAGCGCAUGUUUCUAUCUUCAAAGCUUCCACCUUGCGUUUCAUCUUCGAGGCUUCAAGUUUGCGCUGUGGACAGUCAGAAGUCUUAACCAGCUCUUUCCGAUUCUUCAACCUGGAAGCUGGUUGCACGUCUGGUUCGCAACUCCCUCUGAGCUUUUGUGAGGCGAGAAUAUCCUCGAGCCUCCUCUGUUUCCGUCCUGGGCACAGGAAUACUGCGCGCGCUUGCUUCAGCGAAUCGUCCAAGCUUUUAUUAGUAAUAUGAGAAUUGGAAGGAUCAUCGUGCCCACUUUGGAAUAGGUCCUGCACUCGUCUGACUCGUUUUGUGGACGUGGAAGCCCCACUUCCGCUCUCAUCACCUAAUAAAUCAGAGGCAGCAUUGCUCUCAUUGUCCAAAAACUCUUCGAUGGCCUGUCUGUAUUUGCCUCGAGUGCUUUCAUGACUGAGCUUGUCCUUCAGAAAGGUCUUCGUGCUCGGAGUAAUGGGCAUAACUUCGUUGUUGCGGCAAAACCGCACUUCUUUAGUCCCGAAGCAACUCACAAAGGUUGUGUCGGGAAUGGUGAACAGCCCAAAGUCUUCUGCCUUGCGCACUCGAGCGGGCCAUGCUGGAUUAUCCUUCAACCUCACCACAACCAAGUCUUGCUCUCUGAACUCAUGAUGCUGAUUAUCGUAAUCCUCAUGACCUUCAAGGCUCUUAUAGUCGAAAACUCUCCCGCAACUUCUGAGAUCGAGGCCCUUCACGGGACUCGUUUGAACCGCCUUGGACUGCUGAUCCGGCCUCAUACUCUCCUCGAGGAUAAUCCACCUCACUGCAACAAGAUUGAUCUCCACGAGUUUUAG